UUACCUGCAAAAACAUGUCCACUUUUGCUUUCUUGUUGCUGUGCAUCCAAGCUUGCCUUGUUCAGCAAGCUGUCAGCCAAGCCAUCUUCGGCGGGUACGGCAUUGGUCCCUCGUACGGCGCCCGGGGUUAUGGUGGUUCCGAAGUGACUGCCAUUGAGGUCGACACAUUCAGUGCUGGAGCGACUGGCUAUAACGGACUUGGAGGCUUGGGAGUUGGCAACUUGGGCUUGGCUGGUAUCAACAAUUUGGGACUGGCUGGUGGCUUAGGAGUAGCUGGCGUUAACAACCUAGGACUUGGCAUCAACUCUGGACUUGGUCUUGGCCUGAACUCCGGUCUCGGUUUGGGAGUUGGCAAUGUCGGAAUUGGCGGACUUGGCGUUGGCUCGGUCGGUCUUGCCGGCGUCGGCGCUGGCUACGGCGGUGUGGGUAACGGCGCUCUCGCCGUCGCUGGAGAGCUGCCAGUCUCUGGCACCACCAUCGUCAAUGGCGCCGUGCCAGUGCUCGGCGCUGUGACCUUCGGUGGCAACGUGCCAGCCGCUGGUGCAGUCUCCAUCUCUGGUAACUGUGGAUGCGGUGGCACCGCUUACGGAAUCUUCUAAAUGGCGAAAACAAACUAAAAU